CAAUAUGUCUGCGCCCGUGAGGGCAUGGGGAACUCAAGUUCUCAAACUGUAUUAUGCAAAUUUGAACUAUUCUCUUGUCAAAUUUCGCAUAGCACGUAGAGGAUCGCAAAUAGGGACGUUUAGAUAUUGCUUUUUGGCUAAUAUUCGUCGGACGGCAUGCACUAAGACUGAGUUCGAUGAGAUUAGAGUCAAAGCAGAGCAGAUGUACAGUAAGGAAGAGGGAGACAUCAUUGUAAAUGUGUUAAAUACAAGCACUGUUGAAGAGCUGAAAGUUUACAGAGCCAUAUCACAAGCUUCUGCAAAGAAAAUACUUCAGUAUCGCACGAAGCGCAACUUUCAAACUGUUUCCGAACUGCUAAACAUUGAUCGCAUGAGCUUUAAUGCAGUGAAAAAUAUAUGCGAUAAUGUGCUACACGGCUCCAAGGAGGAAAGUGGGAAAAAAGCAAUUGUUGCCACCUGUACACCUGCAAUCACAAAUCGCGAGUGCCAGAAUGUGGAAAGUUUGGUGUCAAUGGAUCUGCAACAGGAUUGGGUGACAUUUGUACACAUGGACAGGCAGUUCAACGUGUUAGAGUGGUAUAGAGAACCACUUUUAGGUGCCAAGCCACCUAAAUACAACCAUGCUCUCUUUCUGCAAUGUAUCAAUAAUUUUGUAAGGAAGCUUCCAAAGGCGGACAUAUAUACGUUUGAGAACAAGGUGCUUCGCUACCAGACACAGCCGCGGCUUGUCACGCUCGCGAUGAACAUGCGAACGAUAGAGGCGAUGGUCACUGCUCUACUCAGUGUUGAUGUGGAGGGUGACCUUCAGCAGAAGGUCUACACACUGAAGAACAAUGUCGUUAGCCAAUACUUCCAGUUGAUGGUCGGAGGGGAACGAGUGAGUGGACAGCAGGUCGUUGGGAAGCUCUUAGAGGGAUACACCGUGAACGACAUCGAUCUGAUCGUUCCGGAACGUCUGCGAGCAAGCUAUCAGCAGAUGAUGGCGCCGCAGCGGGAGCAGAUGUGUGCUAGCUUGAUGCAGGCUCUUGUUUUUUACAAACUCGUCGUUUUUAAAAAGUCAAAACAACCGUCGUGACAGUGCGAAAAUCUCCUCCAUAUUUCAUGUGUAAAUACUUGCCUAUUAUGUUGUAUUUUUACUGGUGUAAUUCGGCCCGAUUAGCCUCAUCAAAAUAACUUCUCUUAUAUUAGUACGAACCAUGCCAACUGUUACAAAGCUAUUUUAUUGCUAUCGUGUCUGUGUGGUUUGUGAGUGCCAGUGACAAAAUUGUAACAAAAGCAGCAUAAUAAAAUUAGUUUUGUAAAACGUAUCCAAUAUUUUAAUUAUCUAAGCGGUUGUUGGCUAACUGUACGGCAUGAUCUUCGUGUAAGACAAAAUAAAGCUUAACUUUAAAUCUG